CCUAGAGUAUUGAUGGGGGAACCUCUCCGGCCUGGGGCUGUUUCCGGUUCUGCUCCAUAGUUUCAUAGAUCAUCGUUGGAUACAAGGUCACUGCACGCACUCCUCGACAUCAUGGCAAUGAACAUGUUGCGGCAAACAUGGUGGCUCUCGCUUCUAGGAGUUGUGCUUUACUAUGUCGCUAGAGCGGUCUCAAAAUGCCGGCGCAUGAGAGGUGCUAAGAUUCCUCCAGGACCAAAAGGAUGGCCUCUUGUCGGCAACGCCCUGGAGCUGGCUUCCUCCAACAGCACCAGCAUCAUUCGUAUCUUCCAUCAGUGGGCUCAGGAGUAUGGUCCCAUUACCCAAAUCAAUAUCAUGGGUGCAAAACAAGUCAUAUUAUCCGACGAGAAGAUUGCGAAUGAACUAUUUGUCAAGAGGGGAAAUAGGUAUUCGGGCCGUGGAGCCCCUCAUGCGGUAGAAUACAUAUCGAUGAACCAGAGCGUUGGUUUCAGACCCAAGGACGAGGGAUGGCGUCGCCAGAGAAACCUCAUGCGCAGCGCCGUUUCCAUCACCUCAAUCAACAAGUACCAAAGCCUGAUGGACGACGAAGCCACUUUCACCCUUCACGCCUUGCUCCAAUCGCUGUCGUCAUUUGAUAAUGUGUUCCUACGAUACGCUUACUCUGUCCUGACUACCUCGAUGCUGGGGUUCUCGAUCCGGUCGGAAUCUGACCCCUAUAUCCGCGAAAAUGAGGACUUCACCAGCGAAAUAAUGAAAGCCUUCCGUCCGGACUGCUUCCCAAGUAAUUUAUUUCCCUUCUUAAAGUAUAUGCCCCACUGGCUAGUUCCGAGCUUGAGAACCAUGGAGCGUCUCAGGGUGCAGUAUGCGGAGCAAAUGUGGUCAAUGAGGAGAAAGAUCGAAACGAGCGUCAAAGACGGGUCGGCUAUGGAUUCCAUAUAUAAGCAUUUCCUCUUGACUCGAGGUGACUAUGCUGUCACGGAAGAAGAGUCUGUUCAUACGUUUCAGGGCAUGAUUGACGGCGGUACGCGCUCUCCUCACAACAAUUUGCUCGUGUUCCUAUUCCUGAUGAUGGAAUAUCCCGAGUGGCAGAGGAAACUCCAGAAAGAGGUCGACCAAGUCGUCGGCAAGGAUAGGAUGCCGAAUUAUGAGGACAUCUCUAAUCUGCCCACGGUGCGGGCAAUUGUGAAAGAGGGGGUUCGAUACAGAAGCAUAGUAGCGGAGAUGGGAGUUAGCCACUGCUUGGAAACGGAUGAUGUCUACAAUGGGUACUUCUUCGAGAAGGGGACAGUGUUUCAUGCAACCUUUGCUUCCAUCCUCAUGGAUAAAGAAACGUACCCAGAUGGGGAGCUGUUCAACCCUGCACGUUGGCUCGAACCUACUUAUCCAACGUAUAAGGAACCCCUGUCUGUAUACCCCAACUGCCGCAACUUUGCUGCUUUUGGAUAUGGCAGAAGAGCAUGCCCUGGUGUUGACUUUGCGGAACGGAGUCUGGUCAUUCUGGUCGCUAAAUUGGGAUGGGCAGUCAAUAUCCGGUGGCCGUUGAACCAGAAUGGAAACGAGGCUCGGGAGACAUUAGAGUACGAACCAGUACCGGCUCCAAGGCCUAUGAAGUUUGGUUGCAGUAUUGAGGCCAGGGACCCAGCGCGCGUCGGGGUCAUCCAGAGAGUGGCGGAGAGAUUGAAUACAGAGUAGCGUGCUAGUGUCAAUUGAAAAUGUGUGAAGA